CUGAGACAGAGACUUCGUGGUGUUCGAAGGUGCGACACGAAUCUACCCAGCAGGAGCAGGAUCACCAGUUGACUGGUGCCAUCCCGUCACAUUUCAACAUUUUUCACGCCGCAUGUUGGUGUUGCUGUUGCUCUACUACAGCUUUGCUCUGGUGAAGUUUCAUGUAUGAAAAUGUCUUCGCGUUUGGUUUCAUUGAAUAUUAUUGAAAGAGUGACAGAUUUCUUUUUUGUACCAUCAACCUGUCUUAUUUUAUUUUCAGUAGAUUGCGGUACGACCUCCUCAUCACAGGAAAAGAAUCAUGGCGGUCGAUCCGGAUUUGUCACUGUUGUAUUCUGCGCCGCUACCGUAUGUGGAGUGUUUCUUCUGUUCGAAGAACGCGGUAGCGGCCCCAGUGGUCUGCGACGGCUGUGGUUUGGCGGUGUACUGCAAGAACGAGUGCCGCUCGGAACACGCGCUUCGUGGCCAUCGCGAGCAGUGUUUGGAACACCAAUCCCUCCUGCGCGGCGCCCGCGGUGACGGAACGCGUGGACCAGGUGGCUUCCAGGGCGGUCAAGUUGGCGCAAACUUCCUGAUCCAGCCCGCUGACUACGGUGCGUUUGUGCAGUCGCUGCCGAUGCUAGAGUGGAGCGGCGGCGAGGUGGAUCCCCGAGGCUUGCCACGUGGCUGUCCGCACGUGAAACACCUCAGUGCCCUCGGCGCCAUUCCCAAAUGGGCAAAGCUUGCGAAAAGCUGCGGCUAUCCACUGGAUGCUGGUCCUGAGGACGGAGGACCACACCUCGAGCUGCAGCUCCAUCACCUUUUACGGGCCCUUGCUCUCUAUGGCGAGGAUUCGCCGCAGAACAUGGCGGGCAUGUUCGGCUGGCGGAUUCGAC